AUGUCCCUACCAGCCCGUACCGCGGUCGUCUCCCGCGUCACCAACGAGACGAAAAUCCAAGUCUCACUGUCCUUGGACGGCGGCAUACUUCCCCCCUACGAGCCCUCCUCGCACUUCCCCGCCGCCACCCCGGAAGAAGCAGAGGCCGCAAAGAAAGGCAUUGUGCCCCCCAAGGAUGCCGCCCAUGCUACCCAGUUCACCGCAACCCAGCAGAUCACCGCACACACCGGAAUUGGCUUCCUGGACCACAUGCUGCAUGCAUUAGCAAAGCACUCGGGCUGGAGUCUGGCGUUGACGACCAUCACACCACGGAAGACGUCUUCCUUGCCCUCGGCACAGCCUUUACCCAAGCGCUCGGCGCCCGCCAAUCCCCUUACCCGCUUCGGCCGCGGCGAUGCCCCCCUCGACGAAGCCCUCUCGUGGGCCGUCAUCGAUCUCUCCAGCCGGCCCUAUGCGGUUAUCGAUCUGGGUUUCCGCCGCGAGAAGAUCGGGGAUCUGAGCACAGAGAUGAUCACACAUGGGCUGGAGAGCUUUGCACAGGCAGCUGGUGUUACGCUCCACGUUGGAUGUUCGUAUGGAAGCAACGACCACCACCGUGCGGAGAGUGCGUUCAAGGCGUUGGCGGUUGCGGUGAGGACGGCUUGUUCAAGGCGGGUUGCGGGAGAGGUUGGGGCGGGGGAUGUUGUUAGUACGAAGGGUGUAUUGUAG